AUGAAAUCAAUAACACUCAAUGGAAAAAGACAAAUUCUUCCGCUACGCACAAGCUACAUCGCUACUUUCAGCACUCUUUGUUCCCGUCGUACAAAAUUUCAAAAUUCUCUCAGUGAGCGAUUGCCUGCAAGGACGCGAUUCGCGCCGUCACCAACAGGGAAUCUUCAUCUUGGUUCCCUACGUACGGCCCUCUUCAAUUACCUGAUUGCAAAAGCUACACGCGGUAAAUUCAUCCUACGCAUAGAGGACACAGAUCAGAAGUCAAGGACUGUUCCUGGUGCGAUUGAAAAACUCUGCGCUGAUCUGAGAUGGGCGGGUUUAGAAUGGGAUGAAGGGCCUGGUCGCGAUGGACCGCAUGGGCCGUAUCAACAAUCUCAAAGACUUCCAGUGUAUAAAAAAUACGCUGAUGAUUUAAUUGAAUCUGGCAAUGCCUACAGAUGUUUCUGUUCAGCCAGUCGACUAAUGUCACUGGCGAUUCACCAAACGCGCCAGGGUAUGCCAACAGAGUAUGACCGACACUGCGCUACUAUCACGAAACCAGAUUCAAAUGCAAGAGCCGCAAGAGGAAAACCCCAUGUAAUACGCUUAAAGGCACCGGCCAGGUACCCCCCCUUUGACGACACUAUUUACGGAAUGGUUGUACAGAAAAACUUAUUAAGGACGCUACAAAACACCGGCACAUUUGAUGAUCCAAUACUGAUAAAGACUGAUGGGUUUCCUACGUAUCACUUUGCCAAUGUAGUGGACGAUCACCUCAUGCAAAUUACCGAUGUUAUCAGAGGAGCAGAAUGGAUGUCUUCUACCCCAAAGCAUAUCGCCAUCUAUGAAGCUCUCGGCUGGGCGCCACCAUCAUUCACUCAUGUCGGCCUUCUCCUUGACCAAUCUGGAAAAAAGCUAAGUAAACGCACUAGCUCAACAGAAGUUGAAAGCUUUCGUUCUCAAGGAAUAUUCCCGGAGACGCUGACCAACUUCGUUGCUCUUCUUGGAUGGUCUCAUGGCAAAAAAAGUGAUGUGAUGAGUCUUGAAGAUUUAGUAAAAGAAGCAAGCAUGAAAUAUACUAAAGGAGAUACAAUUGUCCGUUUUGAAAAAUUGAACUUUCUUCAACGCCGUCAUGCUGCUCGCUAUGCUUCAAAGACUCCAUCUAAGAACCCCCUUCACUCACUUCAACAUUUAGCAGUUCAGCCAAUUAUCGAAGAGCUUGAUAGUCGAGAAUCCGCCGAAAAACUAAUGAGCUACCAGAAUAUUCCCGAUGGGCUAGCAAAGGAAAGUUAUAUUUACAAUAUACUAGUUGCAGAUGCAAGUAACUAUACAAAUGCAAAGGAUUUUAUUCAAAGAAAUGUCUAUUACUUCGCCGCUCCUUCUGUGCAAACACUCGAAGGAAAUAUGCCGUCAAACAUUCGAAAAGGUAAAAUCUCCGAAGAUGAUCUAAAGGCGAACAUUGAUACCCUUCUAACGCUAUUUCGAACAAUCCACGAGAUCGACUUGGAAGAUUGGGACGGAUCGACACUGCGAAAAAGGUUAGAUUGGAUUGUUGAGCAGCGAACAGAACUGGGAUUUAAAGACAAGGAUGAAGGAGAAACUAUAAUCUCAUUGAACCUGACAAAAAGGAAGGCAGUCAGUAGGUCGUGGAGUAAAUUUGUUCAUGAAAAUUUGAGAUGGGCGUUGUUUGCCGGUAAGCCAGGUCCAGAUGGAAUCAAGAUGAUGUUGCUACUGGGCAAGGUAAAUGUGACGGAACGUCUCUUGCGGGCGGAAAGAUUGGUAAGAAAAAUGCAGGAAAAUACUUCGCAAGAAACAGCCCCUGUUACUAUACCUUGCAAUCCAUAA